AUGUUUAAUGAAAUGUUACAUUCAGCUUCUCCUUCUCUUAUUAAUCCUCGAAUUAAAAAGACUUAUAUAACUGCUCCCAUCAUUGCAAUAGGUUGUGUAUUUCUUGUUGGUUUUGUAAUUGCAACUGCAGUUGUACUUUCAUUAAUACCACUUUAUUUACCUCGAAAAGAUAUUUCAUUAUGGACAUCUCCAACAUAUGUUUUAACACUUGAUUUUCCUGGAUCAUUAGGUAAUGAUGGUUCAUUAGAUAGUGCAGCACGUGAUGCAUUUGCUCGUAAAAUUGAAGAAUCACUUGGUUUAUCAGAAGGUGCUGUAAUAGUAAUAAGUGCUACUGUUGCAACAGACCAAACUGGACGUAAACGACGUGGAGUUCCUAUUUCACGAUUUCAUCGUGGAACAACAAAUCAAGGUGUACAAAGAAUUCAUAUACGAUUUAAAUUUGGUGAAGCAAAAUGUAAAGUUCAAUGUCGAAAAACAAGUUUUGUUACAAAACUUUCAGCAAAUUCAUUGACAGUUACAUUUACAUAUAAUGGAGUUCGAUUUGAAUUAACAUUUCAAAUAAGUGUUCGUUCAAUUACUGAUAAUUCAAUUCCAUCAACAUUAGCUCCUACUACAGAAACUACUACUAUUACUACAACUACAGAAUCAACAACAUCAGAAUCUACUUCAGUAUCAACAAUAUCUACUGUAUCGACAACAACUAUAUCAACAACAACUAUAUCGACAACAUCUACUACAACAACUAUAUCAUUAACUCCAAGUGUUGGUUAA